ACAAACCGAAGAAACCUCCACUAAACCCUACAAUAGGAAGUUGGAGCAUAAGACGAGAUCGGAGUAACCAGAGAUUAUGGCUUCACCAUUUUGUGGCAUCUCCACAUGUGGCCUCAAUGCCGCCGCUCCUACGGGAUUCUCCACCAAGAAGACGCUUUCCCUGGUUUCGCCCACAUUUGUUUCACUUGCCCAAGAAAUCAGGCCUAGGAGAAGGUGCAAUUUCAGAGCAAAUGCCGCAAAGGAACUGUAUUUCAACCAGGAUGGGUCGGCUAUGAGGAAGCUCCAGACUGGAGUGAAUAAGCUCGCGCAUCUGGUUGGAGUUACUCUUGGUCCAAAAGGACGGAAUGUUGUCCUUGAGAGCAAGUAUGGACCACCUAGAAUCGUCAAUGACGGUGUUACGGUGGCGAAAGAGGUUGAGCUCGAAGACCCUGUCGAAAAUAUUGGAGCUAAAUUGGUUAGGCAAGCUGCUGCUAAGACAAAUGACUUGGCUGGUGAUGGUACAACAACAUCGGUCAUCCUUGCUCAAGGAAUGAUCACCGAGGGUGUUAAGAUUGUAGGUGCUGGUGCUAAUCCAGUACAGAUUGCCCGCGGUAUCGAGAAAACAGCCAAAGCACUAGUCUAUGAGCUCCAAAAGAUGUCCAAGGAGGUCAAAGAUAGCGAACUUGUCGAUGUUGCUGCUGUAAGUGCUGGAAAUGAUUAUGCAAUUGGCAACAUGAUAGCUGAUGCUGUGAACAAGGUUGGGCGACAUGGGGUAGUCACGCUCGAAGAAGGAAAGAGUUCUGAGAACAGCCUCUAUGUGGUCGAAGGGAUGCGGUUUGACCGCGGCUAUAUUUCUCCCUACUUUGUAACCGACGGUGAAAAAAUGACAGUGGAGUAUAACAAGUGCAAGCUCCUUCUCGUGGACAAGAAAAUUAACAGCGCCAAAGAUCUUAUCGCUAUUCUAGAGGACGCUAUUACGAGUGGAUAUCCAGUUCUAAUAAUUGCAGAGGACAUUGAGCAGGAAGCUCUUGCAGCCCUCGUGCUCAACAGGCUUAGAGGCUCACUACAGAUUGCUGCUAUAAGAGCCCCUGGUUUCGGGGAGCGCAGGAGCCAAUACCUCGAUGACAUCGCCACUCUGACAGGAGGCACUGUCAUCAGAGACGAAUUUGGAGUGCCCUUGCAUAAAGCAGACAAAACAGUCCUAGGAACUGCUGCCAAGGUUGUAAUUACUAAGGAUUCAACAACAAUAAUUGGAGAUGGUACUACACAAGAGGAAGUAAUCAAAAGGGUGACACAAAUCAAGAACCAGAUUGAGGCUACAGAACAUGAAUAUGAAAGAGAAAAGCUAAAAGAGAGGAUAGCCAAAUUAUAUGGUGGUGUUGCUGUCAUUCAGGUAGGAGCACAGACUGAAACCGAGCUAAAGGAAAAGAAACUGAGGGUCGAAGACGCGCUGAAUGCAACAAAGGCGGCUAUUGAGGAAGGUAUUGUUGUCGGUGGUGGAUGUACCCUUGUAAGGCUUGCAUCGAAAGUUGAUGCAAUUAAACAAACCCUUGAGAAUGAUGAACAGAGGGUUGGGGCUGAAAUUGUAAGGAAGUCCUUGAGUUAUCCACUCAAACUGAUUGCAGAAAAUGCUGGCGUUAAUGGCAGCGUAGUUAUUGAGAAGGUCCUUGCCAUUGACAACUCCAGGUAUGGUUACAAUGCCGCUACUGGAAAGUACGAGGAUUUGAUGGCUGCUGGUAUUAUUGAUCCAACCAAGGUGGUGAGGUGUUGCUUGGAGCAUGCUGCAUCGGUGGCAAAAACUUUCAUCACCUCUGACGCUGUUGUCGUCGACAUAAGGGUGCCUAAGUGCACUCCUGUUGUGAACCCGAUGUGCGGUUCAGGUAUAUGGAGACAAUCUGCUCAUCAUUGUUGUAGGGGUACUGCGGUGGAUGGCGAGCCGGCUGGCGCAGCCGACGGCGUUGUGGCGUCGUGA